AUGCUAAAAAACUCAUAGAUUAGUUGUUAGUCCUUAUAAAAAUCUGGGGAUUCAUAAUAAACUUAAGAUACAUACAAUAGUAAUUUAAAAUUAAAUUAUUAGACUCAUAUAAAGGAUAAAAAAAAUCUGUCUUAUUAAUAUUAAACUAAAGUUAAUUAGACUAACCUUUAGAGGUUUAAUCAAUGUUUGUAUUUCCAUCAUCAGCUGAUGAUUAUAGGAAUCCAAUUUUCAUUGACUGUCCUGCUUGUCGUUAGAAAUCUGAAACCUUAGUAGCUUAUUAGAAUGGAAAUUAUACAUACAUUUGUGCUGUACUCUUACUUCUAUUAUGUUUCCCAUUCGCUUUUGUUCCAUUUUGCAAGAAUGACUGCAAAGAUGUAAUAUAACAUUGCAGUAAAUGUGCUGCCACAGUGGGAUAAGCUAAAUAUAGGCCUUUUGGGAGUUGAUACAAAAAUGUUUCAACUUAAUGACGAC